CGUAGCUCAGCCUCUCACAAACCAAUCUUGAACCUUUGUAAUCCUCACCACUUUGUUUGUGGAAAUUUCCUUUGUUUUUCAACGCAAAAUUAUACUUGCAGAGUUUAAGGAAACAUGGACGUUCCACAUAUCCCUGGAUUAGAUUUUGAUCCAUCUAGCAUCCAACUUCUGGCUCAUUACUUGAAGCAGAGGAUUUUGGACCACUUCCAUUCCGGAGAUCCCAAUUAUUCGACGAAUCAUCACCUGAUCCCGGACAUCGAGCUCUAUAAUUGGGAUCCCGAGGAACUGCCUCGCCAGUACGAUAGGUUAGCGGAGACGAGGUCUAAUGGAAGGCAGUGGUUCUUCUUUUGUCUCCGAAAAGAAAAGUACCGUAACAACAAUCGGUCUAAGAGGAUCGUUCCAAAUGCUGGUUAUUGGAAGAUCACUAGUUCAGACAAGAAAGUGAAGAGCGAAGAUACUGGCGAAGAGAUAGGUAAGAAGAAGGCAUUGACUUUCUACCAAGGGCGUAGUUCCAGUGGGAUCACGACCAAUUGGGGAAUGCAUGAAUACUACCUGAAUCCAUCGUAUCUCGGCUACAACAUUGAAGAUAUGCCCUUUGUUGUCUGUCAUGUGUUUAAAAGAAAUGGCAGAAGGGGUGGUGAUGAUGUCGAAUCAGCAAGUUAUGCAAACGAUGAUUCUGGCCACCCUGCCACAUCUGAAAGCCGUGCACCUACCCAAGAAGCUGCUCCAAACGAGGUAGAAUUAAGUUAAAGUGUGAUUUUAAAAUCACACUUUGAAAUCAAACAAGCCUGAGUGGAUCUAACGUCUCCACUCACUUGCUGGGAUUAUUGGUGAUCUACAUUACAUGGGGUUGGAAAAUGAAGAUAUUGUAUUCAUCGGGGAGAAAAAAAGACAUUGUUACUUAAUGUAAGUUAGGGAACUUUUUCUUCAAGUACUUAAACCGCACAGUUGUAAUUCUACAAAUGUUGUUUUCGCUCCUUCAGCCGAGAAAUAGAAUGAAAGCAAUGCACACCACUAAAAGUCGCCCUUGACUUGGAGGUGUUAGGUAACUUUUCGUGUCACUCCUCUAAGUAAAUUACUGAUGUAGUUCGGAAACAUAGAGUUCGUAGAAGGAUCACAAAUAUGAUAUCCUUAAUAGGCCUCAUGAGGGUAUGAUCUAUAUCUUAUUGCAAUCU